AAAUGCCCCCCUUUGCACUCUCUCUCUCUCUCUCACACACACACUGACACACACAAUCUCCUGAAUCGAUCGACCAUGGCUCUGUGUACUUCAAUCUCGUCUAUCCCUCCCUCUCUCUCCAUAUCUACCCUUCACCCUCCAAGAAGAACUCACAGACGCUACUUGUCAUUCCCUCCGCUUGCUUCUCAGAGCUCAUCAGCAGCAUCCCCUGAAUCAUCAUCAUCGUCCUCACCUGAAACCAUUGUAUCCUCCAAUCCUUCAUCAAAGCCCUUUUCUCAAUCCUCUAAAGUCCCUGACAAGGGCCUCAACUACGCCCUAGCCAGCCCCAGUAGCAACCCAGUUGUUCGCUUUGUUCGCUCCACUGAGUCCUCCAUUGAAAGAAUAAUAUUUGACUUCCGCUUUCUGGCACUUUUGGCUGUUGGGGGUUCAUUGGCUGGUUCUUUGCUGUGCUUUCUAAAUGGUUGUGUUUACAUUGUUGAUGCGUACAAAGUUUACUGGUCAAGCUGUGUCAAAGGAAUACACACUGGACAGAUGGUACUGCGAUUAGUUGAAGCUAUUGAUGUAUAUCUUGCUGGGACUGUCAUGUUAAUAUUUGGCAUGGGCUUGUAUGGACUAUUUAUCAGUAAUGUACCUCCUGAUUCACCUCCAACUGUUGAUCGUGCUCUCAAGGGCUCUUCCUUGUUUGGGAUGUUUUCCUUAAAGCUCCUUGGGUUGGAUCAGUGGCGGGUAAUGGCCUUUGUUGUGCUGCUUCUGGUCUUACCUCAGUUAAAUUCUGAUGACUUCAUAAAAUUCAAGCUCCCUGGAUUGGCCAAACCAAUGCCGCAGAGAGGCCUAAAUGGAUGAAAAUCAGCUCGCUUGAUGAAUUAAAGACGAAAGUUGGACAUGUCAUUGUCAUGAUUCUUCUUGUGAAGAUGUUUGAGAGGAGCAAGAUGGUGACUAUAGCCACUGGUCUGGAUUUAUUAAGCUACUCCGUAUGUAU